UCCUCCCCAAACCGGUAGUGGUAUUGCCGCGACAACAACGCGUUUAUUUGCCACCGCAACAAUAACAGGACGACGAGUGGAAAACGUCGAGCGGCUACGGAAGAACUCAAAUCAACUACAUUUGAAUCCAGAAGCACGACGAGUCCAACAACAUGCUGUCGGACGCAGACUACCCCGGGAACGGCUCCGGUGCCCGGCGAGCCAAGAGGAGGAGCUCCGGGGAGUCUGCGGGCGACGGCCAGGCCCUGCGGUCGUCCGGGAGGCAGACCAACGUCCGGGUGAAGCGGGCCAACAACCCUCCACCUGGGCAGAGCAAAAGGAAAGCGACGGACACGGAAGAGGAAGACGACCAGUCGGAGAAGAAGUACAGGAAAUGCGAGAAGGCGGGCUGCUCGGCCACGUAUCCCGUAUGUUUUGCGAGCGCUUCUGAACGAUGUGCUAAAAAUGGAUACACGUCUCGCUGGUACCAUCUUUCGUGCGGCGAGCACUUUUGCAACGAGUGCUUCGAUCACUACUACCGAAGUCACAAAGACGGCUACGAGACGUUUGCGGCGUGGAAAAAAGCGUGGACGAGUAACGGCAAAACCGAGCCCAGUCUCAAAGCCUUCAUGGCAGACCAGCAGCUUCCCUACUGGGUGCAGUGCAACAAAGCCGACUGCAGGAAGUGGCGCCAGCUGACCAAGGAGAUCCAGCUGACGCCUUCGCUGGCGGCCACGUACCGCUGUGGGAUGAAGUUCAACAACGUCAAGAGCGAAGGGCCGGACCAGUGCUCCCAGCCAGAAGACCUGAGGGUGGCGGAGGUGACGGACAGCUGGUGGCACUCGAUGCUCAUCUUGCCGCCGUUGUUCAAAGACAGCCCGGCCACGCCCUUCCUGGCCGCCUACUAUCCCGACUGCGUGGGCAUGAGUCCUUCCGGCUCCCCCGGCGGCGCGGCGCUGAGCGAGCUGAGGGCCGACCACUGCAGAGCCGUCCGGCCCCGAAGUACGUGCGGGUCGACCUCGUCGUCGUCGUGGUCGUCGUGGUCGUCGUUCACCUUUCCGCUCUGCCCAGUCGCAGGCCUGUGUCCGUACUUCCAGCCCUUCUACCAGCCCAACGAGUGCGGCAAGGCUCUGUGCGUCAGGCCCGACAUGAUGGAGCUGGACGAACUUUACGAAUUCCCCGAAUUUUCCCGCGAUCCCACCAUGUACUUGGCACUGCGCAACCUCAUCCUGGCCUCAUGGCACACAAACUGCAAGGAGGUGCUGACAGUGGAGAAGUGCGUGAUGCAGGUGGUGGUGCGCGGGCUGGUGAGGGUGCGCUGCGUGCAGGAGAUGGAGCGCGUGCUCCACUUCAUGACCAGGAAGGGCCUCAUCAACACGGGCGUGCUGGCGGUCCAGCGGGCGCUGCUGCCCGAGAGGCAUCGCGCGAAGAACGUCAUCGUGAUCGGCGCGGGGGCCGCGGGGCUCGCCGCUGCACGCCAGCUGCACAACUUUGGCACUCAGGUGCUGGUGUUGGAGGCCCGCGAGCGAAUCGGCGGUCGCGUGUGGGACGACACGGCGCUGGGCGUCGCGGUGGGUCGGGGAGCUCAGAUCGUCAACGGCUGCGUCAACAACCCGGUCGCCCUCAUGUGCGAGCAGAUGGGCGUCCGCAUGCACAAACUGGGGGAGCGCUGCGACCUGUUUCAGGAGGGCGGGCGGGCCACCGACCCCGCCAUCGACAAGCGCAUGGACUUCCACUUCAACGCCAUUCUGGACGUGGUGUCGGAGUGGCGGAAGGACAAGUCGCAGAGCCAGGACACGCCGCUCGGAGAAAAAGUGCAGGAGCUUAAAAAGAACUUUCUUCAGGAGUCCGGAAUCCAGUUCAGCGAGCUGGAGGAAAAAGUGCUUCAGUUUCACCUCAGCAACCUGGAGUACGCCUGCGGCAGCUCUUUAAACCAGGUUUCUGCGAGGUCUUGGGACCACAACGAAUUCUUUGCGCAGUUCUCAGGAGACCACACGUUGCUCACCAAGGGCUACGCCACGCUGCUCCACAAACUAGCCGAGGGCCUGGACAUCCGCAAAAAGUGCCCGGUGACGUCCGUUGACUACUCAGGUGAUGUUGUCCGAGUUACUUGCUCGAAUGGCUCGCAGUGGACAGCAAAGAAGGUUCUGGUCACGGUGCCGCUGACCUUGCUGCAGAAGAACUUCAUCCAGUUUGUACCGCCGCUUCCGGACAGGAAAAUGAAAGCCGUCCACAGUUUGGGAGCAGGCAUCAUAGAGAAGAUCGCACUGAAGUUCCCGUACAGAUUCUGGGACCACAAGAUCCAGGGGGCCGACUACUUCGGUCACAUCCCGCCGACUCCCGACAAGCGAGGCAUGUUCACCGUCUUCUACGACAUGGACCCGCAGGUUUGUUUUGUUCCCGCACGUAGAAGGCCACCCUUGCCGGUACCGACGCGUCCACGUGUGCGUCGUGCGCAGGGGAAGCAGGCCGUGCUCAUGUCCGUCAUCGCCGGGGACGCCGUCGCCGCCGUGCGGGACAUGCAGGACAAGGAUGUAGCGGCCGAGUGCGUGAAGGUGCUGCGGGAACUCUUCAAGGAGCAGGAAGUUCCGGAGCCUCUGCAUUUCUUGGUCACACACUGGAGCAAAGACGCCUGGUCGCAGAUGUCCUACAGCUUCGUGAAGAUGGGCGGCAGCGGCGAGGCGUACGACAUCAUCGCCGAGGACCUUCAGGGAAAAUUGUUCUUCGCCGGCGAGGCCACCAACCGACACUUCCCUCAAACCGUGACCGGCGCCUACCUGAGCGGGGUCCGAGAAGCCAGCAAGAUGGCCGCCCUCUGAGAUUUCACCGGGCCGCUCUCCCGACCGACCGGCACGGACGCGCGGGUUAAAACGCCACCUCACUGUGUCACGCACAGACAAACACAAACGGCAACGUCGACCACCAAGGGCUUCAAAGAAACUUUGACACUCAAUCCCAACACGCCGUAAAUAAAGCGUGGACCUGCUGCCUGGCUCGGCCCGAACCUUCUGAGAAUCAAACCGUCACCGUUAAGCAGCGAGGCUCACCAGAGUGGUUAUUUCGAGGUUUUUGUUUAGUUUCUACCCAAUGUUUAAUACGGCCGGUGUUUUUCAUUGUGUGUGUAAAAGGUUACAUGUAUAGAAGUCAGAGUAUGUCUGUUGUCAAACGUUUUGUUGAUUUGGGAUGCCUGUUUGAGCCAAAGCAGGAGUAAGUAAUACUACUUGUUUGGGAAUAACAAACUACUCACACACACAAAAGGAAUAUUGCGCUUAGGGCUGAAAUUUGAGUAGUCAUGGAACAGACUCUUUACUUUCUCAGGGAUGACAUCAGGACAGGCAGUAAUUCAUGUUUUAAAAAAAAAAAAGAAAUCAAUGUUAUCCAGUUUGCAUUCGUCCCUGAGUGAGGAAUUUAAAGUUGGUCAACUGCACAACAAUAUCGUCACUGUCCCUGACGUUUGUCCAGUUUUCUCCUUUUUUUUUUCCCCCAUUGGCGACAUUUCUACACAAAUCUCUUUGUCACACAUUUUGGCGCUUAGUAUUUAUCUGCUUUACUGUCUGUGAAAUAAAUCGUGCUGCAAAAUGC